AUGCAGGCUUUCGCCCGGUGCGCCCGGCCGGCCCUGCUGCGCCAGGUCGCUCGCCGCGCCUACAGCACCGAGUCCAGCCCCUAUGCCGCCACGAUCGGCAACCUGCGCAUCAACUCGGACACGAAGGUCCUCUUUCAGGGCUUCACCGGCAAGCAGGGAACUUUCCACGCCCAGCAGGCCAUUGACUACGGCACCCAAGUUGUUGGUGGCACGAACCCCAAGAAGGCCGGCUCGACACAUCUCGGCCUGCCAGUCUUUGCCAACGCCAGUGACGCUGUCAAGGAGACUGGCGCCACUGCCACGGCGAUCUUCGUCCCCCCUCCUCUGGCUGCUAGCGGCAUCGAGGAGGCCUUGAACGCCGAGAUCCCCCUCAUUGUGUGCAUCACGGAGGGUAUUCCCCAGCAUGACAUGCUCCGCAUCACCAACAUGCUCAAGACCCAGUCCAAAUCCCGUCUCGUCGGCCCCAACUGCCCCGGCAUCAUCGCCCCCGGCCAGUGCAAAAUCGGCAUCAUGCCUGGAUUCAUCCACAAGCGCGGCCGCAUUGGCAUCGUCAGCCGUUCCGGCACCCUGACCUACGAAGCCGUCAACCAGACCACCUUGGCUGGCCUGGGCCAGUCCCUCGUCGUCGGUAUUGGUGGUGACCCCUUCAGCGGCACCAACUUCAUCGACUGCCUGAAGGUCUUCCUCGCCGACGAGGAGACUGACGGCAUCAUCAUGAUCGGCGAGAUCGGUGGCUCUGCUGAGGAGGACGCUGCCGAGUUCCUGCGCGCCAACAACACCGUCAACGGUGGCAAGCCUGUCGUGUCCUUCAUUGCCGGUAUCUCGGCACCGCCAGGCCGUCGUAUGGGCCACGCCGGCGCCAUUGUGUCCGGCGGCAAGGGCGGCGCUGACUCCAAGAUCAAGGCCCUCGAGGCUGCUGGUGUCGUUGUCGAGCGCUCCCCGGCUGGUCUGGGCAAGGCUCUGCGCGACGAGUUUGUCCGCCGCGAUCUGCUGUAA